UUUUACUUAAAUAGAUUCAAAAUGAGUAAGGAACGGGGAAUGGCAAUCGAUUUCCAAGACAACAUGAUUCUUCAAACUAGGAAAUAUUUAAAACGCAAGAUAAUGUGUCCUGAAACGAAAUAUAGACAUCAUGAAAAAGAACGCAAAUACGUUCUUGAUUUGGUAAAACGUACUGUUGAAACUGGCGAGAGUAAUUCUGCUCUCUUGAUUGGUCCAGAGGACAGUGGAAAAACAACACUCUUGAAUAGCGUUCUAAAAGAAUUAUCGAGUUCAAAGGACUUCAAAGACAAUUCUUUGAUAGUUAAUUUGCACGGAUUAGUGCACACUGAUGAUCGUUUGGCUCUGAAAGACGCUACACGUCAAAUGCAACUCGAGAAUGCAGUUGGGGAUAAAGUUUUCGGUUCGUUUGCUGAAAAUUUGACUUUCCUUUUAGACUGUUUGAAAGCAGGAGACAAAAAGCGCAGCAAGCCAGUCAUUUUCAUUCUCGAUGAAUUUGACUUAUUUUGCGGGCACAACAAUCAAACCCUGCUCUACAAUCUUUUUGAUGUUGCUCAAUCAGCCCAGGCUCCCAUUUGUGUUCUGGGAAUAACGAGCAGAUUAGACGUCAUAGAACUUUUAGAAAAAAGAGUGAAAUCCCGAUUUUCUUCUCGACAAAUAUUCCUUCUCCCUGGAGAUACUUUAGACGAUGAGGAUGACUCUUUCGAAAAGUCUUUUGAAGAUCGUCUGGAACUCUUUAAGGAUCUUUUGAGGCUUCCAGAUGACGAAAAUAUCAAUGGAGUAGAGCAGGAAAGUGAAGAUUGCAACAUUGAUCCUCAAUUUGCAGUUUCUUGGAACGAAUCCAUCAGGAAAAUCGCUAAAAAUCCAACGCUCACGAAUUUGCUGAAAUCCAUGUGCAAGAAUGAUGCGAGUGAGAGGAAAUUCAGGAACUUUCUCGCCAUUGCCAUCUCUUCCUUGUCAGAAAAUCAUCAGAAACUGGAGAUUGAUGAUUUUGUUGAAUCCAGCAAAAUUUAUUUGCAGGACGACAGAGUUGCAAUGUUAAAGGGUCUCUCAGUAUUGGAAAUGUGCCUGAUCAUAGCGAUGAAUCACGAGUCAGAAAUAUUCGAAGAUGAGCCUUUGAAUUUCGAAAUGGUUUACAAUCGCUACAAUUUAUUUGCGAAGCAAAAUUCUUCUAUUCAUUCCGUCCAAAGGCCCGUGAUUGUUAAGGCUUUCGAACACAUUAAAGUAAGUUCUUUGUUAAUUUCAAGAAAGCAAGCAACACCACAAUGGUGCAAAUCUAGAAUUUUCCAUUCAAAAGGGUCUACAUUUAUUGACCGAUUUUUUUUUUAUAAUUAA